AUGGGCAAACCACUGAGCCGCCCAGACUGUUUACGGCAGAACCGCACUUGCCUGGGGAAGGGCGAGGAGGAGGAUGGUUAUAUAGAGGAUUGCUACGUGCCCCAGAGGUCGAUAUACGACACGAUGAGAAUUAAUGAGCAAAUCGAUCAGGGAUCAAAGCUCAACCAGCUUUCCAAAAGCACCCUCGGCAAGGGGGAUGGCAGCACCAUAUCCAGCAACGGGACCCUGGGAGCUGCCAACGUCUUUGAGUCCAGGGCGCCAGAAACGAAGAAGUUGGACGAGCGAGUCAUCUUCGACGCGCUAAAGCUCAGCAGCGAUGUCUCCAAACCGGCACCGGCUCCACCAAGGAGACGACCGAACCCCGAGAGGAAGGAGAACGUCAACCGGCGAUCAUGGAAAUCCUUCAUGCCGCCGAACUUCACCGAAUUUGCCGAAAGGAUGGGGGCUUCGCUGAGCGAGGUGUCGGAAGCGGGUGCCUCCAACCCUUCCCUGCGGGAUAAGCGGGAGUCGAGUGCCAUGCUCACCGAGUGCCCGGGCCAGCCCGACCACGGUGAGCCCAUGUCCGAGUCUCUCACCUUGGAGCACGUAUCCAAGUCAUCCGGCACGGCCGAGGCUCUGACGGCCAAGCAUGCCACCUGGCCCCGAGCCAGGAAGAAUUUCAUCAAGGGAAGCCUCAGCGAUGGGCACCAGGAGACCCUGGAGGCCUCCGAGUCGGACUGUACGGUGGAGAACGUCAACCUCUCUCCGUGCCUUAGCGAAGAGCUGCUGGAUGCGGGACUGGAUAUUCUCAUCACCUCCAAUCUCAGGGAGAAAACAGAGUCUGAGCUGAGAUUUGAGGAGGACGAGCGCUGGGUGAUGAUGGAGGAGUGGGAGGAGGCGACGCUGUCAGAGAGAGGAAAGGCUGUUCUGGUGGCAGAGGAGAAGAAGAGCUGUUGCUUGGCAGAUAUUUCUGAAGAAAAGGAACAAUUUGCUGCUCCGGCAGACUGCUCUGCCCCCAGCCCGGGGACCUCCCGGUCCUGCACGUCCCCGGGGGGUGCCGGCAGCCCCCUCGCCGGCAGCGCGUGCCGUACCGAGGACGUGGCGGUGCAGUGCGAGGCUAAGGACUUCGCUCCGGGUUCGGAGCGCUCGAUCAGCCCCGCUGGCCCUGCGUUGUCCGACACGGACUCGGUGCAGAUGUUCCUGGAGCUGGAAGAGCAGUGCCUGAAUGAGGAUGAGGGCGAUGGGGCCAUCCCCGACUGCCCGGAGGUUCAGGUCUCCCCGAUGGACUCGGAGGGGCUGGACCCAGAUUCCGCCAAACUGGCAGUGGAAGCGUGUCAGCGUAGGGCCCCUUUGGACAUCAGCGCUUCGGACUCUGCCGUGGUGUCGGAUCUGGAGGACUUUGAUGUCACCUGUAGUUCACAGGUGCUGAGCACGCUGGAGCCGGCGACAGAGCCCUUCUCAGAAAGGGACACCUCGGCCAUCACCCCGACGGACUCGGACGGAGGGGUGUCACCCAGCCCCGUGGCCACGGCGGGGCCGAGUUCCCUCCAGCAGAGCUCUCCGGCACCGGCGGAGGAGGAUGAUCCUGACCCGCUGGUGGACCUGGAGCUCACGGACAGUUGUGCGGUGGUGGUGUUGGUGGCUGGUGGGAUGCCAUCUCCUGAGACAGGCGCGUGUCCGGCUUCUGGCUUUGAGGAAGCUGGUUUCCUCAGUGCUCCGGUGGGGUGGGGUGAAGAUAAUCAAGACUUGCUGGUCCCUGAUGGUGAAGUAUCACAGCUUCCUGAGGAGACCUGUCCUGGCCAAGUGUCCCUGGCUGGGCUGUCCCCCUGCCAGCCCCCAGCUCCUGACACAGUGGCAGCGGAGCUGGGGUCUCCCACGCGGCACAGUGAGGCCGGCGUUGAGGGGAUGGAUCCAUUUGGGACCCAUCACCUCCUGCCUGGAAGGACUGAGCUCACCAACUGGGAUGUCCCAGAACUGGUUUCUGAGGUUGAAGCCACAGAUUUGGGAUCAGAGAGUGAUGGAGCUGAGGGCCAGAGUCAUCUGGCAGAAAGUGGGGAUGCUCACUGUGGUUCUCUGCUACCGUUCCACACUGGCUCUGCAUCAGAGCCGGGCUCUGAGCCUCUGACAAUGUCCCCUGCGACAGUUGAGGACCUCCCGUGGGAAGCAAUUCCCGUGGGCCAGGGCCUGGCUCUGGAAGGGGCUGCCCACGCCGAGGGGUCCCCUGUGGAGGUGGCUGUCACGCAUGGGGAGGCACCAGCAGCCAUCCUCCAGCCAGGAGACCUGGACUUGCUAUUUGCCUGUGGUUGGGAGGACCGGCGGGCGGCACAGUGCCAUACCUUGGUGCUGGGUGAGGGGGUCCCACAUGGUGCCAGCCCAGCCACCCCAGAAGACCUUCCCAGCACGUUGCCCAUUGUGGGGCAGCCUGCUCCCGAUGCCAUCCCAUGGGAUGUUGGGGGGCUUUGUGCUCCAGUUGACCCACCAGCACCAGGCGAUGUGGCUGUCCCAGAGUCCCAGGCUCAGGAGAUGCUACCAGCCACUGGGGAUCCUACCAUGGAUGCUGAGGAACCAUGUACUGAGCACCCACCUCCAGAUGCUCCCACCACUGCUGUGCCCUGGGCAGCGGAAGAGCUUCUGGAUGCUCCACCGCCGUUUGCUGAUGUGCCUGUUGCCACUGUGCCACCACCAGUGGCCAACUCACUCAUCUCCGACGUCAGGGAUCUUGGUGGUGGCCCUGCGCCGCUGGCAGCGGCGGCACCAGUAGUGGCCUUGGGGGAUAGAGAUGACUUUGCCAACAUGGUUGUGCCGCCCAUCCUGGAUUACCUAUCCACCGAAGAACCGGCUUUGGAGGAUGACCCCACUGCGAGAGCGCCCGCAGCAGAGAAGGGCCUCCUGCUCUACCAGAUGGAUUCGUUCCAGAUAACGAGGAUUCCCAGGCAGGACCAUGCCAAAUACGCGGUGCGGUAA